UCACUCUCAUUCCCCACAAAUUGCAUAGAGAACUACAACUAGAAAAAGCUUUCAUCAACUCCCACAAACAUAAGCAAAACAAACUUUCACAAAACCAAACACAAACACAAGAGUGUGUUGAGAAUGAGGAGGAAUAACAAGUUCAAGCUUUCAAAUAUGAUUCCCAAUGCUUGGUUUUACAAGCUAAAGGAAAUAGGCAAACCAAAAAACCAAACAUCAACAACCUCAAAGAACAACAAAAAACCCUCAAAAACAUCCUCAAUUUCCUCAAAACCAAAUCCACCCAACCAAAACCAAAACCAAUACAUUCCUAGAAAAUCUUACUACUUCACAAGAAACCUUAACCAAAACAAAUUACCUUCUUCUUCAUCACCAAAAACACCCUCCAAAAACAGAACAACAAGAAAAACAUGUUCUUCUUCACCAAAACUUGUCACCUCCUCCGUCUCCGCGGAUUGUAGCUGUCGAACCACACUCGAAUCCGUGUGGACGAAAUCCGAAACACUUUCUUCGUCUCCGUUAUAUGAGUCAGAAUCCGUUGACACCGAGUUCAGAACAGACAGAGUUCUACUUCCCAAUGAAACAUCAUUCGAUGAAAUGGUUUCUUUGUCCAUUUCUUCUUGUCCUUGCACCAACAAAACAUCCUCAAACAAUAACAAUAUCAACAACAACAACAACAACAUAGAUAUUGUUAUCGAUGUUGACAAGAAUUCCCUACCUAGAAAAGAUGAUAAACUUGAACAAGACUACAAUUCUUAUGUUUCUUUCUCAAACCUACAACUUCCUCCAAUCAUCACAAAACCACAAAUCAAAAAACAACACAAACCCGAAAAACAUCAUCAACCACAACAACAACAAGAAACAAUGAAGAACAAGAACACCACGAACACAAACACGAACAAGAAAAGAAACAAAAACAAAAACAAGACAGGUUCUAUAAAUUCUCCGGGGAUGAAGCUGCGUAUAAAAUCUCCGAAAAUCGCAACAAAGAAACUUCAAUUAUAUCACAGCCGGAAAAGCGUGUCGUCUGCUACGACGACAGCUUCCGGCGGGUACUACCGGAGAAGAAGCUUCUCCGGUAGUGUGGCGAUAGUGAAGUCAUCUUUUAAUCCUCAGAAGGAUUUUAGAGAGUCAAUGGUGGAGAUGAUUGUGGAGAAUAACAUAAGAGAAUCAAAGGAUUUGGAAGAUCUUCUUGCUUGUUAUCUUUCUUUGAAUUCAGAUGAGUAUCAUCAGCUUAUUAUCAAGGUGUUCAAGCAAAUAUGGUUUGAUUUGACUGAAAACAGGGUAGACAAAUAUAACUAGUUUCUGUUUUUCAUAUUAAUUUUUCUUCUUUUUAUUUUUAUUUUUAUAUGUAUUAUUAUUUAUCUAUGUAUUUAAUAAUGAUGAUGAUAAUAAUAUAUGUUCUGUACUUUAAGUCAAGGUUUUGAUUGCAUUCAAGUUAUAUUAUUU